GGAGGUCGAUCUUGGUAUCAUUUGAAGCUUAAAGGACGCUCUAUCCGAUUCAACAAUAAAAACUGAUUCGAAACUGCCCGCGUUAAGGUCCCUUUUCAUUGGCACUGUCACAUGUUCAUCAUAACUAUAAUUAUGACCUUUGGCUUUCAGUCUUUGCAUGCUAGGACACUAUCACUGAGCCAGUAUAGUUAAUAGUCAGCUAAUUGCGACCGACUGUUAAUUUAUACCUCUGCAUGUAACAAUACUGUUUAUUACCUGUAUUUUGGAAUGAUAGUAGCUAUAAUGGAUUGUGCUAGUGAGUUCAUGUGAUGAGAUAUAGACGACAGAGGACUACGUCAUCAAGUCUCAAGCUCAUGAUCAGUGGGAGUAUAAAUUAUUAUAGUGAGGAAGUACCAGCGUCAGAGCACCACCAUCACCACUUAAAGGGAGGGUGACACGAAAAAAUCAACUUUUUUAUUUUUGCAUAAAUGUGUUCUGUUUGGGACCCAGAUGCAUGUUAUAAAGAUUGAAAUAUUUUAAUUAAUUAUUGAUGAAGUUACAGAAGGUUUAGUGAGGCAGAUUUAGCAUCCUGUCUAAUGGACUUCCUGUUGUGGUUGAAUGUGGGCGCGGCUACUACGUGAUGUCAUAGAAGGAAUACAUGCAAAACUGAAUGCAACUCAACUGUAGCUACUAUGGUCAACAGAUGUGUAGCUGCUGGGUGCUCAAACACUCCUAGUGAAAAAGUAAGCUUGUUUAAGUUUUCCCAAGGAUGCUGGAUUAAGAAAAAAGUGGGAAAAGCAAGUUCAACGAACAAGAGCUCAAUGGAAGGCCACUGAUCACUCCUUCGUUUGUAGUGAACAUUUUACUGAUGACAGCUUUGAAAUUGACUCAGCUCUUGCUUCUCAAUUUGGCCUGAAGAAAAGAAGGCGGCUGAAACCUGAAAGUGUCCCAACAAUAUUUCAUCGAUCACCCCAAACAGAUCACGAAAUUGGUCAUAAGAGAAGAGCAGAAGGGAGUGGCAUCGGAAGAAGAGGAGUUGUAGAGAAAAGGCAACGGCAUGAGAUUGUCAAUCAAAUUAUUGCUGGACCCUCACACCUUCCAACUGUCAGUGAGGCUUCUGCUGAAGUCGAAUCAGAUGAUGAACCUAGUCCUAAAUACAACCAUGUAUCAGUGCAAGCCUGUGUUCAAGUUAGCCAAAGAAAUGUGCGUACUCAAGUAUUGCCAAAAACAAGCACCAAAGAAAUACAAGUCAAGGUCACACCACUAUUUCAAGAUGCUGAAGUGCAAUGUAAUCUCACACAAGUAAAUCCCCAAACAGCAGAAGCGGGUGUACAAUGUGUUCUCGAUGUGCCCUUGUUUGAAUCUACUCCAAGGAGAUGUCCUACAUCUGAUUCUGAGUGUUCUAUUGACAUGAGUACAUCAACAGGAACAUAUCAAGAAUCUUCUGAUGAGACGACUGAUGGGACGAUUGAGCCUUGUAAUGACCAACACAGACCAAACGGAGAUACUUUCUACAUGGUAUCGGAAUCUUCCCUUUUGCUACUGUUUGUGUCCUGUUUCUAUUGUGGAAAGAGUGCCGUCAUUAAGAAGGUGGUUUUUGGUUCUUUCUUACGAAUUGUUCAGACAUGCAGACAUUGCCGCAAGAAACGUGUAUGGGAUAGCCAGCCUUAUGUGUGCAACAUUCCCCUUGGAAAUAUACUUAUGUCAGCUGCCAUUCUCUACUCUGGAGCAUUCCCAUCUAAAGCUCUUCACAUCUUCAAGAUCCUAAAUGUCGCUGCAAUCACUAGAAGAACUUUUUUUCGCCAUCAAAGCAAAUACCUUCAACCUGCAAUUGAUAACGUUUGGAAGCAAAAUCAGAAGUCCCUAUUGAUGUCACUAAAAAAGAAAGGAAAACCGCUAGUGCUAGCUGGAGACGGACGAUCAGAUAGUCCUGGUCACAGUGCAAAGUAUGGUUCUUAUUCAGUCCUGGAGCUAAACUGCAACAAGAUAGUUGACUUCAAAUUGGUUCAGAGCAAUGAAGUUGCUAGUAGCAACCACAUGGAGAAAGAAGGUCUUAUACGAGUGUUAGAAUUUUUGAAGAAGAAAGGUAUCAAAGUGGGGACGUUGGUCACAGAUAGACAUCAACAGAUAGCUAAGUUCAUAAGGGAGCAGAACCCUGACAUCAAGCACUACUUUGACAUAUGGCAUGUUGUGAAAGGGCUUCGUAAAAAGUUGAAAGCCUUAGCCAAAACAAAAGAUUGUGAGCUUGUGGGCAAAUGGGAACAAAGCAUUACCAACCACAUGUAUUGGUGUGUUGCAUCCACCCCCGAUUGCAAAGGAGAUGUAAUGGUAGCCAAAUGGUUAUCAUUAGAUAACCAUAUUCACAAUAAGCACUCUGGACAUGGACAACUCUUUCGAAAGUGUAGUCAUCGCAGGCUUGUUGGACGAAAAAGAAACAAAAAGUGGUUUAAAAGACACACUAAAGCCAGUGAAAAACUAUCGCCUCUGCUGACAAAUCCUAGAGUGUGUAAAGAUGUAGCUAAACUUUCACCUAUGUAUCAAACAUCUUCACUCGAAGCGUUCCAUAGUGUGGUCAUACACUUUGCCCCUAAGUCAACCGCAUUUUCGUACCAAGGAAUGCACUGCAGGUUGCAGGUAGCAGCACUACAUUUUAAUGAGAAUGCCAAUCGAAAGCAGGCUGUGACCAAAAGGGGCGAGGAGAGGUAUGACAUCGUGUUUCCCAAAUAUAAGAAGGGUGGCUACAUAGUCCGAAAAGUUGUCGAAAAUCCAACAUAAUUAUGGAUACAUCGAUGAAUUAGUGAAGGAAACAUUGUCACUGUGUUCUGACAACGGUGGUGCAUCAUCCUCUACUGGAUCUUCACUGAUACCUACCAGCCUAAGUAGUGAUUUUGUAAAACCAGAAAAAUCGAUUGCCAUUGCUCAGCACCAAACAGAUUCAUCACCCCUGACCAUUAAGUAUACAUUUGUUCACAUUUUUCAUGUACGUAUGACAAUUUAUAUUUAUGUUGUUGAAUUUGA